UUCACUUAAAGCGCCAGGAGGAUGUGUCAUCAUGGGUUGUUGCACCGGGCAACUUAGUGCUUAUGUAUGAGUGUUAAUUUGCAAAAGUGCACGGCGGAGUCCUUCUCUGUGCUUCCGUUAGCUGAAAUAUGUGAAGUCAUCAAUUAUUUUUUUCUCUGUUUUUUCCCCAAGAGAAAAGACGCAACUGCCGCUUCUCUCUGCAGUUCACACCAAAGAUAUAACUGAGCUGUCACCACGUCGCUGUGAGGUUUACUAUGUCGUUGCAUGCAUGGAUAUGACAACAGAGUGAGCUGGUGACCUUGUUGACAUAAAGACACUCUCACUUCAGGACCAUGAGCAUGGCGCUGGCCACUAACCCAACCAGUAUCAACAGUAUCAACCACAAACACGCAUCCAGCAGAGCUUGCUGAACAGGACUGUGUGGAGAGCAAUGCUGUCUGGGACUUGGCGACGUUCUGUGGGGCAUCAGCAGUCUUCUGCAGCACCUGUGGUCUCCAGGGGGAUGACAGUCUGCGGGGUCCCCAGUGGCACAGUGGUCCUCGAGGCCCAGUAUGACUAUAACUAUCGAGGGGCUGAUGGACGGCAGGUCUGCAUUAGGGAGGGCGAACGGUUUAUUCUCCUGAAAAAGACCAACAAUGACUGGUGGCAGGUACGGAGGAUUGGGGCAGCCAGUAAAACAAAGCCACUCUAUGUCCCUGCUACGUAUGUGACAGAGGUGCCGAUUGUGCCGAUGCCUUCGCCACAGCGCCUGGUCAUGUCUGCAUCGCUGAACUCCAACCUCAGGAUACUGCCACGUGUGUCACUUUCUCCCAGCUCGACAGCGACUAACUAUAACGAACAGCAAGUGAACAAACCCAUCUACCACUCCAUGGAAAACCUGAACUCCAACAGUGCCUUCCAGGGGCUGGACAACCACAACAGCGCAGGUGGAGGCCGCUUCCCCACCCUGCCCCUCUCUGGAUUCACCUUUACCCCCAACUCUCCCACCUCCCCGUCGGGCCACCUCAUGGUCCCUGGGAUCUCAGCAUCUUCCAAUACCCAAACAGUACCACGGAACCACAGGGUGGUGCCAAUGAUCACUCGGAGCCAGAGCUCCAGCAACCUGCCUGAAAACCUGAUGGAGAACCCAUAUGACGAGGUGGGCGGUGGCAUCAGCAGUCGUGUCAAACAUAGGGUGCCCAAGAAGUCUUGUAGCCAGUGGGACAUGGUGGGAGCUUCUGGCAAGAACAACCAUCUGCAGGUCCCAACAGAGUCCUAUCUGUCUCAGCUGUCCUGGCAGGACUCCCCUCUUUACACUGACUCACAGCCAGAGAGACGUCUGUCGCAGCUGGAGCCACCUACCCCUGCCCCUGAUCAGCAGCCUCUUCAGAUCAUGGACCUGUGGGAGCAGUACUCAGACCCAUGCACGGGGAGAAGCUACUACGUAAACAGCAUCACCAGGGAGAGGUCCUGGAAACCCCCUCGUCGGUCCCGUGGACGCAACACCGAUAUGGGCAGUCCAGUACAACCUCAGACGUUACCAAGGGAAACCAACCAUCUGUCGCUACCAUUUCCUGAAGCUGGCAAUGGAACAACACAGAGACUGUCACCUGAUUUCCUCUUCGGGAGCCACCAAAGGAAUAAUAGAGGUGGCUGGCAGAUGAAACAGAGCAUACAGCGUGCUGCCUCCUCUGACACCCUGACCACGAUGGCGUUCAGCAAUGCCACUGUCCAGAUCCAUAACUCUGGCGGCCAGCAUGAUGUCAAGCAGGGGCUCAGCCACUCCCAAUCUAUGACCCUGCCUGAGAAUGGCAAGCUGGUCCAGCAGUGCACAGAUUACUCUUGUAAUGUGACCAACAUCGUCGUGGAGCCUCCGUCUCCUCAGAGUUCUCCAGACAGCGAUGGCCCCACGCCGGAACUGGAGAAAGCCGGCCUCUUGAACAAGACGAAGAUUGCAGAGGGAGGACGCAAACUCAGGAAAAAUUGGAGCCCUUCCUGGGUGGUGUUGGUUGGGAACAGUCUGGUUUUCUUCAAAGAUCCUAAAUCACAGACACCUUCCAGCUGGAAACCAGGAAACAGUCGUCCUGAGAGCAGUGUGGACUUAAGAGGAGCACAGCUACACUGGGCCAACGAGUUAUCCAGCAAGAAGAAUGUAUUCAAGCUGAGGACAGUGACGGGAAAUGAGUUCCUCCUGCAGUCAGAGACAGACUCUCUGAUCAAAGAGUGGUACAAAACCAUCCAGAACGUCAUCGACCGGCUGGACCGUGAGAACCCGUUAGAUAACGUCCUUCUAUAUUCUGUGAGGCGAGCGGGCAGCGUGGAGAUGCUGGACAACAGUGGAGAUGAAGAUGACAGGAGAACGUCACUCCCUCGCUCGUCUUCCAACCUGGAGAACACGGAGAGGAAGAGAGUGAAGACCCGGCUGAAGAAGCUGAUCCAAAAGAGACCUCCUCUGCAGGCGCUGCAGGAGAAAGGGCUGAUUAAAGAUCAGGUGUUUGGCUGUCGUCUGGAGAUGCUCUGUGAAAGAGAGAGGAGCAAAGUCCCUCGCUUCGUCAGACUUUGUACUGAGGCCGUGGAGAAGAGAGGACUGGACACUGACGGGAUCUACAGAGUCUCAGGCAACCUGGCAGUCAUUCAGAAACUACGCUACUUAGUGAACCACGAGCGAGCGGUGACUACAGACGGCCGUUACAUGUUCCCAGCGGAGUUGGUACAAGAGGAGAAGCUGAAUUUGGACGAGAGUGAUUGGGAGGACAUUCACGUCAUCACAGGAGCUUUGAAACUUUUCUUUCGAGAGCUUCCUGAACCCGUUGUGCCCUUCGGCUUCUUCACCGACAUCAUGGAGACAGUCAAGAUGUCGGACUACAUGGACAAAGUGGAUCGUCUGAAGUGUCUAGUGCUCAACAUGCCUCCUCCAAAUCAUGACACACUUCAGUUCAUGUGUCGCCAUCUCAAACGAGUUUUGGAGCACACAGACAGCAACCGAAUGACCACCCAGAACAUCGGCAUUGUGUUUGGACCGACCCUGAUGCGCCCGGAGCGGGACAAUGGCAACAUGGCAGUGAAUAUGGUUUACCAGAAUCAAGCAGUGGAGCUCAUCCUCAGCGAGUUUGACCACAUCUUUGGAACGAGAGGCCCCUCGUGAUCUUUUCGGACAGAGUGGGGUUCAAAAAGCUGCUCCAGAUCAGAUGAAAGCACAAGUAGUGCAGCAUUUGUCCUCUUUGCCUGUUGACUCAUGUGGUGUAAAAUGGAUUUCACAUCAAAAGAUAAUUACGGGGUAAAAAGAACCAGGACAGAAAGCUGCUAAUCAUGACAUCUGGCCUCCAUAUAAAGCCAUGUUAAAACAAUAAUAGUAAAACAAACCAAUUUAGCUGCAAUACUUGUGUCUUUGACUGCAGAUGUGGAGACCAGCCACGGUGUUCUUUACGGCUGGAACUGACGCCUCCGUGUCACUUUUCCUUGAUGUUUCAGACUUGAUCAAGAUAAAUAAAAGCCAUAAAAGCGAUAAAUCUCCUCCAGCCGGCUCAGCUAGCUGAGUAUUAAUCAGUUAUUUAUCAAGGAAGGAUGUGUCUUAACGUAGCACUGAAACAAAACCAUCUCACUGUGAAAACACAUGCACCAGCAUCUCUUGCAGCAAAGGAUGGACACACCUGCAGUGGAUGGCAUGAAUAUACUGUAAAAUAUGCAAACAAGCAAGGAGCAAGCUGGGCGUGCAAACGUGCCCGCAUCUCCAAUGGAGUCAUACAGUGUUUAGAUGAAGUUUAACUGGGAAAUCUUCAUAGAUAAAAGCAUAAUUUCACUGAUGGGAUGAAUGUGCCAAGAGGGCAGAAAAUGUUCCUUUCUACCAAAUAGUACUUUUUUGUGUGUGGACCUACAAAGCUUCCCUUAUUGUACACAUUUGGAUCUGUCUUAUAUUUUUAUUAGUGCAAACUCUUCAGAUUAAGUUAAAAAUAUCGAAUUGUAAAUAUGUCGAAGACUGUCUUUAUCAACUAGUAGCACUUUGCAUACAGUGUGUAACCUAAACAUUAUAUAUUAGCCAAAUUCAAACUGCUUUGAGACUAACAGUGCGUCUUUAAGAUGUUGCUUGGACCUGAUUGUUAACUCUCCUACAAUAAAAAGAUAAAGUAAACGAACUGA